AGGAUCUAAGAAUAGCUAGUUGUCACGUCUGUCCAUGGCCUGAGUGCUUUAGUCAAAAGAUCUAUAAACGAACAGGUCACGUAUCUAAAGAUAAGACGCUUCACAUACAACGCAAAAUGGUGUCAACAAACUAUUAUGAAAAUAAUUAAGGAAAGCUAUUCAAUUAUAGAAAUAAGUGCAUUCACACUUGUCAAAUGCUUAGAUCUGUGAUGAAUUUUUUAUUGAAUUUCAGUGGUCUAAUAAUAAAAAUAUGGUUUUAAUUUGAAUUGAAUGGAAUGAGCUCAGCAUCUGUUUGACCUUUUCAACUUGCAGUGCUAAACACCCUGUUCCCCAAUGAUGUUAUCAAAGGCAACACAAAAACUCUUGGCAACCCAAGCUAAGUCGGUUGUUAUGCCUGAAAUUAAAUCUUACAGAAUAUUUACUCAGUUCUGGCAAGUGUUUGCAUUUGUUUUGUCAUGUARAUAUUUGUGUGUGCAUAAGGAUUCGUCCUUGCAUGCCAUUAUCGUUAUCCCAAACCGCCCAGCAUGGUUUCUCUCGUUCAGCAGUUAUUCAGCUUUUCGCUGCUACGUUAAUUUGCCUGUCGGAUGUAAAUGCUAUUUAUAACAAGGGUUUUCGGCGUCAGCACAUUAGGACACUGAGGGGUCUGAGUCGUCCAAGCUGACACAAUCCGGCCUUCCCCGGAUUUUACACGCAAGGCGACAUUAUACGSGUACUAUUUGGUUAGGCAUUAAUAAGUCUUGAUCUUUGUCAUGGCCUCUGUUACUAACAAAGUAAGCAUGGAGAAUCUAGUACCAGAAACGAGUACCAUCAAAUCCAACAGAGUGCAUAAGAUGCUGCUUCUAAUAACUGCAAUUGCUUGCAUUUUUGCCGUGGUAAUGAUGGCUCUUUUUGUUUGGGAAGUGACAAAAUCUUCUAGUGGCUCRGGGUCUAACUCGAGUCUCGGCGACUCAAGUUGGCCGGCCAAGAAAUUAUGUCCAAAGAUUCCUUUACUUCUGUCGUUACCAUCUCCAUUACCUCUGGAUCUUCAAAAGGCCCUUAAAGAUCUCGACGCAUACUUGGAAUCUCAAGUAAACGCAAAUGGUUUGCCUGCUAUUUCAGCGAACCUCUUCUACAAGAAUCGUACAUUUUGGACGGGGCAUUAUGGAACCAAGACAAUUGGUGGAGAAAGACCCAAUGAUGACACGGUAUACCGUAUUGGAAGUAUAACCAAGGUUUUUGCAGUGCUUAUGCUAUACAAAAUGUUCGAACAAGGGCUCAUAGACUCAAUCGAUGAUCCAUUGAGUAAAUACGCGCCAAAUUUCCAUAUUAAUAAUCCAUUUAACGGCGAAAAUAUCACGCUGCGUCAAAUGGCAAGUCAAAUGUCAGGAUUGCCCCGGGAAGCUCCUUGCGUGACGUGUGUUUCCAAUGAGACGACUGCAGAACAGCUUAUGUUACUCAAGAACCGGAGCCUUGUGGUUGAACCUGGGACAAUUGCAUCUUACAGCAACUUGGGAUACGCUCUCCUAGGGCGAAUAUUAACCGAAAAGAUGAACAUUACAUUUGAACGAUGGACCAUGGACACAUUACUGACUCCUUUAGGUUUGAAAAACACUGGAUUCCACAUAAAUAAAGAUCUCCAAAAGAACUUGGCAUUCUCAYAUGAUAAAGCGGGGAAGGUAAUGCCCUUUAUGAAUAUAGGAUGGUUAAGUCCCGCGGGCCAGAUGUACUCCACCAUAAACGACAUGACAAACUUUGGGAUGUUCUUAGUAGGAAAUAAAAAUAAGGACUUUUUWAAAAAGAGUAGUCUUCGAGAAAUCCUUGCACCCGUUUAUAUUUCCCCUGAUGGCCAGACUAUCGUUGGAUCACCAUGGGAAAUGGUAUUCCAUAAACAUUUCUUGGUUCGCACGAAAGGAGGGAACAUAGAUAACUACUUGACAAUGCUAAGCGUGGUGCCCGAGAUGGAAUUUGGCUUCAAUGUGUUUAUCAGUUCUCUUGCUAAUAUGACAGCAGGAAUCAUGAACGAGAUUUUGGACCGAGUUUAUAGGAAUGUUCUCCCUGUGUUUAACCAGACCCUUUCUGAAGUCAAUACAAAAGGGACAUUCCAUGGCAACGCCGGAAUCUUCUGUGGCGAUUACAAUGCGACGCAGGUUGACGUGAUCACAGGAGUGACGAGGAAUUUCUCCGUGACUAUAAGGAAAACAAAAGGCCCAAGUCUUGAGCUCCGUUCUGUUGCAUUACAAGUUUCGUUGUACUAUAUCAAAGACGAUAGCGUUUUACAAGGAAGAAGAGAUAUGGGGACGUGUUUGUCUCAAAUGCUGAGUGCUACAGUUGAUGUCUAUUUUCAGCCAAAAAGCAAAGGAAAGUCGCAUGGUUUUAACAUUCCUGGGGAUGGAAUCGUUGCCUUUCGUGUGUAGGGCUAAUAACAAACACUAGUUCUAUAAACGUGGAAUCUGGGACGGAACUAUGAGAGAUCCAGUUGGUCCCGUAUAUUAACUUUUCUUAAUGUCAUUUCUGGGAAUAUUAGAUUGACAUCCUCCUAACUUAAAAUCUUGAUCGACCAGGACUUUUGAAUAACAUAUUAAACAAAACAAUUAGCGCUAGAGGGGAUUAUGAGCUUUAUAAAGGGACUAUAUGAGAUACAUACGCGAAAAGGCCCACAUAUAUUACAGUGCGACUACAUCAGUUAACCAAGCCAUCCCGAACAAAUUUGAAAUCAUAUUCACAUGAUCACGUUUUUGACACUUAAAAUUACAGGAUGGUGACGAAUUCUGGAGUUGAAAAUGUUUCUAUUUCACUCCUGAUCAUACAGACACGUAUAAAGCAAAAUAUAUGCUUUUAAAAGGGAAAAUGUGAAAUUUUUUGCAGAUUUUAUUGUUUAUAUACGCAAUCGUGAUUGGCUAAUUUGUAAGACAAUUUAACUGGGUGGCCUUGGUUGGUGAAGUCGCUGUUAAACUACGGACACACUGUGCAACAUUGCGCGCAAAGWUGCAUGCAAUUGAUGUUGCGAGCCAUGACACACGACGCAAUUUGUUGCACGCAACGUUGAUGAGGUAGAAAACUAUCCUACUUCAGGAACAUUGCCUACAAUGUUGCGCGCAAUGUUGCACCGUGUUUCCGUGCCUUAUUACGCCGGAGCAAUUUAUCAUCAUACAUUCAUCUUCAUGAAAAGAUAAAACUUUACGAAUACCUCGUUGACAUGAAGGUUGGACAACCCAUUUGUUUGCUUUUCUCAAAAGAAAAAAAGAGCGCUGUUUAGCACUAGCAAUAAAUUUCCGCACCUUUAUGUAAACGGGCCAUUAGUCUAAUCUUACAUUGUGAUUGACAGCUCGAAUCUCGAGCAUUGUGAUUGGCUGYAUUUUACCGAUAUUUGGUGCUUAAAUUUGGCUAGCCUGGUAAAAACGGGAAGGGAGUGUCGCUCCGUCCCCUUUUUUUCCCGUAGGGGGAAGGUUGGGAUGCAGUUGUACACAGGCUAGCGGGAAGCAAGCAAGAAAAGUCCGUCGCGCGCCAGCUGUAGAGAUGCACAGCGGGCGGCGGACUUUCCGAAAGUCUGCGCGAUUUAUGGAAUUCAUGCAAGGAGUCAUGAAAACUAUAACCAUGCUAGAUAAAGUUAUCAAACUAUUCUAUCAAACAUAUAUUAUAUAGCUUUAAAGGGCAUUGAUAUAAAAUUAUGCUAUUAUUCUAAUUAUUCUAAUYAUAGUGUAUAAUUCUGUAAAUAUGGUUUACCUAUACUUACAGCACAUUAGCUCUGCUUAUUGAAAUACAUUUACUUUCUUGCUUAUUAACUUAAUUUUUUACCAAGGGCAGCGGGGAAUUACCUCGAGGGAGUAACAAGGGAUCUAAAAUGGAAAAUGAAUAUUACGCCAAGUUAAAGAAGGUAUAUUAUGAUUAUCAUUUAUUUCAGUUUAUUUUUAUCAGGAAGAAAUAGAAAACGCUCACGUGCCGUGUGCAGUUAUAAAGCACGCGGAGGUUAGCAGAACACGAAAGAAGUGUUAGGAGAAGCACGACGCGUAGCGUAUUCUUGCUUGCUUCCCGCUAUAAAAUACCAAUUACAAUAACCGUUAUUUUAGAUAGCAAAUGACGCAACUGAAAGCGCACGCGCGUGCUGUGUGCUCUCAUAAAGCACGCGCUUCCAACCAAUCGAAACGGGAGAUUAAUAACAGUUAUAAUAUAAUCAUUAUUAUUGU